AUGACGAACUCGUUUUUCCCUCUUUACCAAACCGAGUUUUUCAAGGGCUCGACGAUUGCGAAAAUUGUCGCCGAGAACACCAAAGCGCAUCCCGACAUCUUCGAAGAGGGAGUGCGCAUACAUACAAGCUCACUCCAAGCCAUUAACAAAGUACACGAGAACGUAAAAUACCUGCCUGACAUCACACUCCCCGACAACGUGGUCGCGAACCCUGACCUCCCAGCGACAGUCAAGGAUGCCACUCUGCUGGUCUUCAACCUCCCGCACCAAUUCAUCUCCCAAACACUAGACCAAAUCAAGGGCCACCACUUACCAUAUGCCCGGGGAAUCUCCUGUAUUAAGGGAGUCGAUGUCUCAGAUGGGUCAGUGACGUUGUAUUCCGAGCUGAUCAUGGAGAAACUCGGCUCUACUGCGGUGCGCUGUCUGGGGCCAACAUCGCCACUGAGGCGGCGCACUGAAGAAUAUCAUCGCCCUGGCCGCAGGGUUGUCGUGGGAAAAGGAUGGGGCGAGAACGGAAAGGCCGCCAUCAUUCGCCUUGGAGUUCUGGAGAUGGUCCGGUUUGGGCGAUACUGGUUCCCCAAAUCUGUUGAAGAGAAGAUGUUUACAGAAGAGAGCGCCGGCAUCGCCGAUCUGGUGGCAUCUUGUAACGCGGGCAGAAACUUCCGGUCUGCGUGCCAUGCAGCGGAGAGGAGGGUGAGUGUCGAUGAGAUCGAGAAGACGGAAUUGAACGGCCAGAUGUUGCAGGGGACCUUGACUGCCUAUGCGGUUAGGGACUUCCUUGCUAAGAAUGACCAGUUGGGGGAAUUUCCGCUGUUCGUGUCUGUUCAUGGUAUCCUUAAGGGCAGUGCGAAGAUCGACGAUCUACCAGCUUUGAUUAGCAAGAACAGGGCUAUGCGAUCGUAG